AUUAAAUCAUUAAUCUAACACUGCAGGAGGUUCCUGGGAGUCUUUUGCUCUACCUUAGUAGGUGAAACUUAUGUAUCGUGUUUAAAAUCAGAGGUGAAAAUAUAAACGAAAGGACGUUUCACUCGUUUGUCAAUAAAAAUUACCGUCGCAUGGCACAUUCACGCUUAAGCAGCAAACAUUAACAGAAGUGAAAGGAGUAUGUUUUGUAGAGGACUGCGAGAUUGAUCGGAUCAGUUGUAAGUGGUAAAUCCAGCUGUGGGACCCAGCUGCUACUUUAACCCUGCUGUGGGAAAAGGGAAGCGAAUUGGAGAGGGGCUCGGGGACGGCCUAUGGUGGAGGUCUGAUAAGCACUACAGUUAACUCCAGUCCAACCUUGGCCGCCAUACUGUCAGUUGUGGUUGUGGGACUUGUUGCGAGAGGUAGAGCUGCACGUUUCCUGUACACUUUUCCGGAGAGGCCCCAGAGGAAUGGAGAAUAGCCAAUGUUGUUCCUUUAAGAAGAGCAAAGGAGAUAAUCCAGGAAAUUACAGGCCGGCCUGCAUUUUGGAGCCACACUUCACCAAAGUUUCAGGAAGAUUUGCAAGACAUGCAAGUGUGACGUUGGUUGUGACAAGCUCAUUUAAUGCGUACCUAUGUUUUCAACCAUUUGGAUCAUCACAUUUUUUCUCCAUGCUUGAAAUGACUGACUAACUAUGCACAUUUGUUUCUGAGUUCUCGGAUAUUUCCAUCUUUUGACAAAUCUAAAACUUCCACAUGAUGAGAAGGUUGAAUAUGCCAUCUGUAAUAUUGUGCCUGGUUCUUUACCUCCUUUCGGCUGCGUGGUCAGGCCCUGUUAUUCCAAGGAUGUUGUGGCAAUAUGGAGAAUUGCCUUUGAUCACAUUUUCUGCAAGUGGAGUGUCAAACUAUUCAACGUUGUUGCUGAGUGAAGAUCGAGGUGUGCUAUAUAUUGGUGCCCAGGAAGCUGUCUUUGCUGUGAACAUGACAGAUAUUUCGUGUAAAAAACAUGAGGUAUUCUGGAAAGUCCCACAGAGAAAACAGAGCGAAUGUGCGGCUAAAGGAAAAUCCAAAGUGACUGAAUGUCUGAACUACAUACGCAUCUUGCAUGAAUUUAGUAAUGAAAAGCUCUAUGUGUGUGGGACUUUUGCAUUUCAACCAACCUGUGAUUACCUUUCAGUUAAGAAUUUCACUCUGCAAGGCCAAAAUGAAGAAGGUAAAGGAAAAUGUCCGUUUGAUCCUGCUCAAAGAUAUACUUCAGUUAUGGUUGAUGGCGAGCUUUACUCUGGAACGGUCUUCAAUUUCCUAGGAAGUGAGACAGUUAUUCUUCGGAGCCAUUUGCGAACAGAAUAUGCAAUACCUUGGUUAAAUGAGCCAAGUUUUGUCCACUCCGAUGUGAUAAGAGAGAGUGAAAAUAGUUUGGAUGGUGGUGAUGAUAAAAUUUAUUUCUUCUUCACUGAAGUGUCCGUUGAAUACGAAUUUAAUAGCAAACUUCUCGUACCACGAAUAGCGCGAGUGUGCAAGGGUGAUAAUGGAGGAUCACGAAUUCUGCAGAAGAGAUGGACAUCAUUUCUCAAAGCUAAGCUGAUAUGCAUUCUACCAGAGUCUAAUUUUGUCUUCAAUGUCAUUCAGGAUGUUUUUAUUUUGAAAACUCCAAAUUGGAAGGAAACAGUGUUUUAUGGUGUAUUUACAUCCCAGUGGAGUAAUUUGGAAGUAUCAGCAGUCUGUGCCUUUAACAUGUCCACAGUGGAAGAUGUUUUCUCUAAAGGGAAAUAUAUGCAAAGCGCUACAUUUGAACAGUCCCAUGUAAAAUGGGUCAGAUACAAUGGACAAGUUCCAAAACCUCGCCCUGGCUCAUGUAUAAAUAAUGAAGCAAGAGCUUUGAAUAUCAACAGCUCACUGAUGUUACCAGACAAAACUCUUCAGUUUGUGAAGGAUCACCCCCUGAUGGCAGACCCAGUGAAUCCUAUAGGAAAUAGACCAAAAUUGGUGAAGAAGAAUGCAAACUAUAUACAGAUUGUUGUGGACAGAGUUAGGGCGCUUGAUAACAACCCCUAUGAUGUCAUGUUUGUGGGUACAGAUAAAGGCUUAUUGCACAAAGCAAUUAACUAUGAUAAUGAAAUGCAUAUAAUUGAAGAACUCCAGAUUUUCCCUGACUCUCAGCCUGUGCAGACGUUAGUGUUGUCCAAAGAGGACAAAAAGUAUCUUUAUGCAGGGUCUCAUUCUGGUGUUGUUCAAGCCCCUGUUGCUUUUUGUGAGAAGUAUAAAACCUGCAUGGAUUGCAUUUUGGCAAGAGACCCCUAUUGUGCCUGGAACACUGAAAGCAAAAUCUGUGCCUGGAUUACAGAAAAUUAUACCGAUAAGAGCAAUUUGAUACAGAGCCUGAAUGGAUUUGAAGUUCCUUGCAGAGCUGAAGAUGUGGAAUCUGCGAUAUCCGAAGAACAUCAAGUGGAUCCAGGAGGGUUUAAAGAAUUGAAAUGUCUCCCUAUGUCUAAACUGGCUAAAGUUAUAUGGAAAUUAAAUAACAGUACUCUCAGUGACAAUUCAAAGUACCGACUUGUUCAAAGCAAUUUGUUGAUUUUUCCUGUAAAUGAAGAUGAUUCUGGUACCUAUGAUUGCUGGGCAGUAGAAUCUGUGAAAGGACGCCUGUUUGAACAACUGGUGCAAAAGUAUUCUCUGAUCGUAAAGGGUCCAUCUAAAGUUGUAACAACCUCCCCAACUGCACCAUUUACCAAAACGGAAGGUAAUUCUGCAUCAACUCAGAGAAGCACAGAUAAAGAGUGGAUGUCUUCUCACACUGUCACACCCCAGAUUCAAACUGAUAUGACCACUUCAACUGUGCCAUAUGCUUCAGUUUCCACAUCCUCAAUCCCUCCACUUCCAAAUUCAGCAGUAGACACUCAAGCUGUCAGUGAGCCUUCAACUGUGGGAAGUAAUGAUAGGGUUCUAUUAUCUUUACUUGUGGUGAUUACGCUUCUUUUCCUAAUCCUAUUUUGUUACAAUUGUUACAUGAAAUACUUGCCAGAUCCUUGCCUGAAACUACGUCUGUGUAUAAUUGGUAAUGAAAAGAAACCAGAAUUUGAUUAUGAUGUGUCUGAGGAACUGGUAAAGUCUCAUGCAGUGAAAAUCAAUUCAGAUAAUCCAGGUAGAGAGCAAAUUGUUGCUGGUGACAAGGGUUAUGAAACUGAGUCAGACUGUGGGAAUGGCAAAAUUCCAAGUUCAGAGAAACCUCAAGAGCUCAAGCAAAUUCAAGAAAACCAUUUGAUUGGUUUGAGUGAUGCAGAGAAAGAUACAGAUAUUCCUGACAUUAAAUUCAUUGAUGAGGAAGUUCAGAGUCUUUGUUAGCAUAUUUUUUGCAUUCCUUAUAGGUUUAAUAAAGUUAAACUGGUUGCAAGCAUGAGCCCAGAAAGUUAGGGAAAAGAAAAAAAUCAGGUAAAACUUUGAAAGGUUUUUAGUAGAUAAAAGUACUUGGUAAAUGAUGUUAAAAGCCAAUAUCCAUCCCAUGUUCAACCUGCAUUAUAUUCAGCAAUCUCAAUAGUUUUCAUGUGCUCAGUAUACAGGUCAUUUGAGUUUCAUUCCAAAUUGGAAAUUAAUAAUUUAUCAAAUUGGUAAAUUUCAAAGUGCUGUCCAAAUUGGAGCAAAUUUUUUUUGCAUAUGCUGUAUAUAUGGUAUUUUAUAUUGCACUGAAAAUUUGAGUAAUAUUCUGUUAGAAAUUGUAUUUUGUUGCUGCAUCUAAUGUAGGUUGAUGCCUUUGUUUAUGCUAACAGUGUACAGCAACUCAGGGAUCAAACAAUGAACAGUAGAUAUGUGUGUUCUUUUUAGCUUCUGUCUUGACAAUAAGAGUUGACAAAAGGCUAUAUGUGAUUGAUAUUUAGAUUAUAAUAUGUAUGUGCUAUAGUAAAACAUGGGGUCCAUAGAAAUGUGAUUGAGUUGUAAUACAUUUUAAAAGGAAAUGCAAACAUUUUUAAUAUGCUGUUACUGAGCCAUGCCGCAAUAGAGUGCUUAGUUGCAAAGACUUUUCAUACUUGUGGAAGACUUUUGAUACUCAGCAGAGCACUGUACCACCAGUAGCCACAUGGCCACAGAGAUUAAUUUUCCAACCAAUGUGGCAAGGGACAAAAUCAUAUGCUGUGGACAUAUAUUAAUAUUUUAGUUGGCUAUAUCCUUGGGAAAAGUGAAUUCUUACAGCCUGUGAAAUUGUUGAUGUUUGAGACUGAAUUGUUGAUCCAGUGGACUUUAGUAAGACUGACAAAGCCAACACUGGAACCUGUGUUUUGCUGCUAUAGAUGUUCAGUCAUUUUGUAACCCACUGAACUGCUGUUUAGAACAAGACCCAGUGGUGCAAUUAACAGGCUUUUUAAUCUACCACUGCAAUGGCAGCACUGAACAUUUAUAUUAAGUUUAAGCAUGGCAAGUCAUUUCAUUCUGUUUUCUGGCAUCUCUAUUUGUUACGGUGUUUAUAAGCUAAAACAGGCUCAUUUUGAAAUUACUUUACUCACAAAAAGUGUCAAAAGGUUUUAUAUAGAGCUAUAUUUUAGGGAAAUGGGCGCAUUCCAUGUGGUACAUUUAGUGGUACAAGUCAGUUUUUUCGAUUAUAAAGGAAAUUGUGUAUGAAAUAACCUUUCUCUUAAUUGUGUAAAAAGCUGAAGCCAGAAAAAAUGCCCUGCACAAAAAUAUUUUAGACCACUGAAAAUUUAAUUGAGCCUUGUGUUUUUCUGUGUCUACCUUGCAGUGCCAAAAUUUUACGUACUCCUUUAAAUACCACUACUACUUUGCUUGACUCAAUCUAUUGCUUUUUUUUAAUCCCUUUAAUGCAUGAUCAAUCUUACUUGUGUCUUUAGAACUCUGUUCAGUUUGUACCGUUCUGUCUCACAGCUUCUUCUGUUUUACCUUUCACUCUUGUCGGUCCCUCCUCCACCUCUUUGGGCCUGGUCCACCUCCUCCCUUUGCUAUUACCCCACAACAAGGGUCUUCUCAUGAUUGGUCCAGUACAGACAGUACAGUGGUUCAGCUGCUACCACCACUGCUGAGCGACCAGAUACUUAAUGUGUGUAGCCCUGGAUCUGUUCACCUCUUCUGUCAAG